UCUCGUUAAGCUUUUCAUCUUUUAGCUUGAAAACAAUAUUCACUAGGGUCAAAAGGAUGAAGAAGAUACAUAUUCCUUCAGAAACAGGCAAGUUCAUGUUCUGUCUCUUCUUCACCUUCUUGUCUUGUUGCCAUGUAUGUUUCUCUGAGUUGUCUUUGAACCAGACAAACACAAUGAUCGAACUCUCUAGUUUCCUUAAUAUCUCGGAUUGGAAUCUCCCUGGUUCUGAGAGGAAUCCAUGUUCAUGGAACGGUGUUCUUUGCAGCCGACCAGACAAUAGCUCUGUGAUUAGCCUGUCUCUCUCUAACUUUGAUCUCUCCAAUUCUUCCUUCUUACCACUUGUCUGCAAUCUCCAGACUUUGGAGUCUCUCGAUGUCUCCAACAACAGAUUAAGCUCAAUCCCAGAUGGGUUCGUGACGGAUUGCGAAAGACUCAUUGGGUUGAAGCAUCUUAAUUUCAGCACGAACAACUUUUCUUCUUCCCCUGGUUUCCGCGGUUUCUCCAAAUUGGCAGUUCUUGAUUUCUCUCACAACGUGUUGAGUGGGAACAUUGGAGACUAUGGUUUUGAUGGGUUGGUUCAGUUGAGGAGUUUGAAUCUUAGCUUCAACCGUUUAACUGGUUCUGUUCCAGUUCAUUUGACCAAAGGUCUGGAGAAGCUCGAGGUUUCAGAUAAUGGUUUGAGCGGUACUAUUCCCGAGGGGAUCGACGAUUACCAAGAACUAAAGCUGAUAGAUCUCAGUGAUAAUCAGCUUAGUGGGUCAAUCCCGAGUUCGUUGGGAAAUCUCUCCAAGUUAGAAAGUUUACUUCUUUCCAACAACUAUCUUAGCGGGCCAAUACCAGAAUCACUUUCAAGCAUCCAAACCUUGCGUCGGUUUGCAGCAAAUCGUAACCGAUUCAUGGGAAGAAUUCCAUCAGGGAUCACAAAACACCUUGAGAACUUAGAUCUCAGUUUCAACAAUUUAGUGGGGUCGAUUCCAGAUGACCUUUUGUCACAGCUUAAACUCGUCUCUGUGGAUUUGUCGUCUAAUCAACUUGUUGGAUGGAUACCGCAAAGCAUUUCGUCUAGCCUGGUUAGGCUAAGACUAGGAAGCAAUAAGCUAACAGGGUCGGUGUACUCUGCUGCGUUUGAAUCACUGCAGAACCUAAUCUAUCUGGAGAUGGACAACAACAGUUUAACUGGCCUCAUACCUCCUUCAUUUGGAAAUCUUGUGAGCUUGAGUCUCCUGAACUUGGCUAUGAACGAGUUCACCGGGAUCUUACCUCCUGCAUUUGGAAACCUUACAAGGCUUCAAGUGAUAAAACUGCAGCAAAACAAGCUUACCGGAGAAAUCCCAGAUACUAUCUCAUUUUUGAGUAACCUCUUUAUUCUUAACAUCAGCUGGAAUUCUCUGAGCGGAUCCAUACCGCCUUCAGUUUCAAACCUAACGAGGCUUUCCAGCAUGAACUUGCAAGGAAAUAAUCUGAGUGGUAUCAUACCUGAUAACAUUAGAAAUCUGGAGGAUUUGAUAGAACUUCAGCUCGGACAAAACCAGCUACGAGGGAGGAUCCCAGUAAUGCCACGAAAGUUGCAAAUUUCCUUAAAUCUCAGCUACAACUUGUUUGAAGGAUCUAUCCCUACUACAUUGUCUGAACUUGACCGCUUGGAAGUUCUUGAUCUGUCAAAUAACAAAUUCUCCGGCGAAAUCCCUGAUUUGCUGAGAAGAUUAUUGUCCCUUACACAGCUCAUACUCUCCAACAAUCAGCUUACCGGAAAUAUUCCAAAGUUCACCAAGAAUGUUUUACUCAAUGUCAGCGGAAACCCUGGGAUCAAGCUGAAUAAUGAGGAUAAAUUCUCAAUCCCGAAAACGUCAUCUGGGAAGAGUAAACUAGUUUUGGUUAUAAUCUUUGUCGCCAGUGGAAUUUGCGCUAUCGUGGCCGGGAUCAUAACUGUCAUCGUGCUGAAACUUUCUAGGCGCUUCAAGGGGAUUAACAACAUAGAGGCCGACCAAAACGAAGAAGGCUCAACUGUUCUUCCUGAGGUCAUUCAUGGGAAACUUCUCACUUCAAAUGCUCUACACAGAUCAAACAUAAACUUCACCAAAGCUGUGGAAGCUGUUGCUCAUCCAGAAAGUGCUCUGUAUCAGACAAUGUUCUGGAGUUACUACAGAGUAGUAAUGCCCUCUGGUUCGAGUUACUUCAUCAAAAAACUGAACACAAGAGACAGGAUUUUCCAGCAAGCCAGUAGUGAGCAACUAGAGCUAGAGCUAGAGAUGUUGGGCAAGCUGCAUCACACGAACAUAAUGGUUCCACUAGCUUAUGUGCUCUAUUCAGAAGGAUGCUUGCUCGUCUAUGACUUUGCUCACACGUGUACCCUUUACGAUGUUCUACACAACCCUACCAGUGAUGUGGUUGAUUGGACAAGCAGGUAUAGUAUUGCAGUUGGUAUAGCUCAGGGAAUCUCUUACUUGCAUGGAUCUAUAUCCAACGGUCGUGAUCCAAUCCUUCUACCAGAUCUCUCUAGUAAAAAAAUAAUACUCAAGUCGCUCACUGAGCCCCUGGUAGGGGACAUUGAACUGUUCAAGGUAAUCGAUCCUUCCAGAAGCAACAGCAGCCUCUCCGCAGUUGCAGGCACUAUCGGCUACAUUCCACCAGAGUAUGCUUACACGAUGAGGGUGACAAUGGCUGGGAACGUCUACAGCUUUGGGGUGAUUCUUUUGGAGUUGUUAACUGGAAGGCCAGCUGUAAGUGAAGGAAGAGAUUUGGCUAAGUGGGUGCAGAGCCAUUCCAGCCAUCAAGAGCAGCAGAACGACAUUCUUGAUCUCAGAGUGAGCAAAACAUCAACUGUAGCAACAAAGCAGAUGCUCCUUGCCCUCAGUAUUGCUCUUGCCUGCAUAAACAUCUCUCCUGGGGCAAGACCAAAGAUGAAGACUGUUCUACGGAUGCUCACAAGACUCUAAGUAAAAGUGUCAGAUGAUGCAUGAUGUGUAAAUUUUUGCUUGUUACUGUAUGUAUAAGCAGCAUAGAGAUUAGCGAGGUUUCUUUCCUCUGACAGUCUAUUAUCUGCAUCUCCAUUUUUGAGAUGCUGAGAAACAAGACGGAUGUAAUGCAUUCACAAUUGUAUUUUGGAAAUUAUCAGUCCAAUAUAAGAUUCAUGUUAUU